AUGGGGAAAGGUGAACAGCCAGAAGAGGGAGAUAAAGUCUCAUGGAACUGGGGUGGUGGUGCUCCAGCGGGCACCGUAGCCGAGACUAAAGAACACGGCGCAAUCGAAAUCAAGUCGAAAAAAGGGAACACGAUUAAGAAGAAAGCUGAUCCGGAAAAUCCUGCAGUCCAUGUUGAGCGAUCGGGCAACGAUGUUGUGAAGAGAUCGUCGGAAUUAACCGUCGAGGAAAAGGCCAAUGGUGGUACGAAACGCAAGGCGAAAGAUCAAGGUCCCAAAGAGGAUGGCGAUGCCGAGUCUGCUAAUGAGAAGGAGGAAGAGAAUGAUGAUGAGGAUCUAGAUGACCAUGAAAAAGAGCCCCAUACGAAAAAUAAGGAGGGGAAGGAAGUCAAGAAAGGCGGUAAGGAAGCCAAUAAGAAACAGAAGAGGGAGCAGGAGGACGACUCAGAAGAUUAUGAAGAGGGUAACAGCGAUGAAGGUGGUGGAGAAGAGGACGGCGGUGAGGAAGAAGGGGAGGAGGGAGAUGAAGACUCUGAAGCAACUGAUGAUGGCGUCGACGAUAUUGAGGAGGAAGGAGAACAAAAUGCGCAACACAAGAAGCAGAACCGCAAGAAUCAAGACACCGCCGAAAGCAACGCCAAACCAAAGGGAAAAGCUACUGACAACGAAAAGAAGGGUACCAAUCCUAAGCAGAAAGGCGACAAAGUCGUCACUCGGACGCGCAGUCAGACUUAG